CGCGAGAACGCCAUUCGCGGACUUCCGGUUGGGUAUUUGUGUACGGCAGGAAGGAACGCGUACUGUUGUCUUUUCAGCCCGUCGGUUUGGCAAAUAGUCGAUUUUUUUUUACAUUUGGAUGCCUGCUGUAUUUUUCGGUCAAGAGCAUUUAUACCGAGAUGUCGGACGACUUGAUGAAACAGCUGAGCAGCUACAAAGCCCAGCUGCAGCAGGUAGAGGUAGCUCUAUCUACCGACCAAGAGAAUGAAGACCUCCUUAAACUGCAGAAAGACUUACAGGAAGUCAUUGAUUUGACAAAAGACCUCCUGACCUCACAGCCCACUGAAAGUUCUUCCAGUACCAAUGGCUCAGACACUGUACCCCUGAAGCAUGGCUGGAAAGUUGGGGACAGCUGUUUGGCUGUUUGGAAUCAGGACGGACAGGUGUAUGAGGCUGAGAUUGAGGAGAUAGACCGGGAGAACGGCACUGCAGCCGUGACCUUCGCUGGCUACGGGAAUGCCGAAGUGAUUCCUCUGCAGAACCUCAAAGCAGUAGAGGAGGGGAAACGUUCCAACGAGGAUGGGAGUCUCAAGCCAAAAUCAAAGAAAGAGCAGAUAGCCGAGCAGAGAGAGUACAAGAAGAAAAAAGCCCAGAAGAAGGUCCUGAGGAUGAAGGAACUGGAGCAAGAGAGGGAGGAACAAAAGUCAAAGUGGCAAACGUUCAACAACAAAGCCUACUCAAAGAACAAGAAAGGACAGGUAAAAAGGAGCAUAUUUGCCUCUCCAGAAAGCGUCAAUGGGAAGGUGGGAGUUGGAACAUGUGGUAUUGCAGACAAGCCAAUGACCCAGUACCAUGACACGUCAAAAUACAAUGUCAGACAUCUAAUGCCACAAUGACCUGCUAUAUUCUGUGUAUAAUAACCCACUGUAUACCAGCUGUAUCGGUGCAUUUCCAUUGUGUUUAUACGAGAUUCGUGUUACCCCAGUAAAGAAUGGAAUUGCUUGCGCGCCAUUGUUUGAAAUAUUGAUGUAGUUUUCUUAUAUAUUAUGUAGGUACAACAACAACAAAUCCAAACGGGGAGGGGGGCUUGGAUCAAAGUUACCAGUUAUCAACACAGGAAGUGGUGUUGUAGCUAAAGCUGUAGAGUUUGACGUUUGUGUCCAGGUUCCACCUAGGCCGAAUGCCUGCUAAGAUGAGUCUAAAUAUACACCCCGGAUUUGGUUUGUAAAUUUGAAGCUGGUUUUUAAACACUGACCCAUUUUGGGGGAGUCUGAACGUCAAUUAUGGUCUUUAUUUGACAUGGCUGAGUUUUUCGUUUUAAUAUGUGUAUAUAACAGUGAAAUAAACAUUGUUUUGUUUUCAA